AUGAACACACACAAACACUUUGUCGAUAUUACACACGAGUACACUCAGGGUAUUGUACAGGCAUCUCAUGUGGAAACUAUUCAGUCUCCUGGUGUGCCUGGCGCUAAGCCCAAAUCCAGGAACCUCAUUGAGAUCUAUUGCACCUGCUAUCAGCACUGGGCCAUAUAUGUGGGCUAUGGUUAUGUUGCCCACCUGACCCUCCAAGGGGAAGCGGGAGAGGCGGUAUUCUCCAGCCUGUUCUCAGUGCUAAGAGGCAGGGUGGUGGUGAGCCGGGACCUGCUCUUGACAGUGACUGCAGCCGACCUGUAUUGGGCGAACAACUUGCAUGAUGGCCACCUGUCGCUGUGGCCCCACCAGGAUAUUGUGCGUGAGGCUGAAGCUCAGCCGGGUCGGGUACUACCAUGCUGCAUCAUCACGAAGAAUUGCGAACAUUUCAUUACACAGCUGAGAUAUGGUGUUCCCAUCAGCAAUCAGGUGAGAGAAUCACAUCCUCACCCAGCCUCACCCUUGUUGGGGUUAUCUUGGUCAGGCUUCUUGUGA